AUGGAGGCGGCUGGGCGCAGGCAGCCCUCGAGGCGGGGAGGCCGCUGGCUGCCGGGCCUCCUGGUGCGCCUGCUGCUCUGGGGCUCCCCGGGGACCUGGGCGAGCUACCUGAGGAGGUCAUCCAGCUGCACGGCCAUCCCACGGGGCAUGGCGCUGUGCUACGACAUCGGCUACUCCGAGAUGAGGAUCCCCAACCUGCUGGAGCACGAGACCAUGCCCGAAGUGAUCCAGCAGUCUUCCAGCUGGCUGCCCUUGCUGGCCAGGGAGUGCCAUCCCGACGCCAGGAUUUUCCUCUGCUCCCUCUUUGCCCCGAUCUGCUUGGACAGGCUCAUCUACCCCUGCCGCAGCUUGUGCGAGACCGUCAAGAGGAGCUGCGCGCCCGUCAUGGCUUGUUACGGCUACCCCUGGCCCGAAAUCCUCAACUGCGACAAGUUUCCUGCAGACCAUGAGCUGUGCAUCUCGGCAGUCUCCACGGACGAAAGCUCCUCCAGCAGGAGAACAGUGCCCCGAGCCAGCUGCAAGGACUGCGAGCUUGAGGAGGCCAGCACCGCCAGGGAGAUCCUGGAAAACCUCUGCGCCAACGACUUCGCGGUGAAAAUCCGAAUCCUCAGGAAGAACACGACCACAACAGUCUCGGACUUUGACCUGGACCCCUCCAAGGUGGAGGUCCUGAAGCACGGCCCGCUCCUCCGAACCGAGAUCCCAGGCAGGCUCCAGCAGUGGCUAGACAUAGACGCUACCUGCGCCCACAACAUCAUGAGAGGCACUCACGCAGGGGUCUUCGUUGUCAGCGGAGAGGUGCAGAGCGACAAGGUGGUGGUGAACAAGGCCUACGCCUGGCAGAAGAAGAACAGGAACCUGCACCAGGCAGUGCGGAGGUGGAAACAUCACCGCUGCCCCGAGCAGGCUGGCAGGAAGGUCUGAAAACCUCGACUUCAACAAGGAGAAACCGCUCCCUUUCCUACGGCUAGAAAACUCCUCUUCCUGGCAGUUGGUCUUCCGGAGAUGCACAGUAUUUUUAGGCGAUUCAAAGCAGUCAUAGCCAGCAGAUAGGGCCUCACCACAGAUCCCUGACAGAUCCCUAGAACUGUUUUACUGAGACAGAGCUCACGGACACAGCCUUAACACACUGCUCUCUCAAGGUUCUGCAAACCCAGGACUUACGAUAACAUUGAUCUUGCCCGAGUGCGGGCUCACUUUCUGUCCAGAAAUGAUACUAAAGUUUCCCUGACCGAUUAGAGAUGCUUUUUAUGUAACGGAGCAAAUACUUUACUUUUGAACAGCCUGAAGUAAAUUAUAGGGGGAGAGGAACCCACCCAGGCAAUGCCUGGCCCCUUAAAAAUUAAUGCGAACCUCAUCUCCUGAGCAGUCUUUCAGGCUGUCCCUUCAGCUUGCUGCUUGAGCGUUCACGGGCAUCUGCACAGGCAAAAGGAAACAGCCCUCCUUGAGCAGGAAAGGCACACAGCAGAGAGAGAUGAGGAUUUUUGCUCCAGUGGGAACACUUUUUUUACAUUAGAAGUUCAGUUUGGAUCAGAAGAUUCUGGUAACUGCAGAAUUACUGAAGGUACCACCAGAGCCUUGAGAGAGCAGAGCAGGGCUGGGACCUCAGCUGCUGGAACAGCUCCGCUUCGGUUUGCAGCAGCGGUUUGCCUGGGGCUCGGAGGGGAGCCCCAGCCCAGCAGCAGGUAUUUCUGCACAACCUGAAACUCCCUUCUUUGCAGAUCUUCUCCCUGCCACCUCAGAAAUGUUAUGCAUCUUCCUGGCCUUCUCUCUGCAUGCAGAAAAGACAGAAAAUGGCCUCAAGAAGCUCUCUGCAGAUCACUCUCUCUCCCAAGACUGUAAUUACUUUCAGCAGUGAACACAGCCAUAGCUCGACACGACAGACCACAAAGCAGAACACAGCAACCCCUCAAACAAGAAAACAAGUCGGAUUUCUGCUGUCUAACAAAGCGUUGUCCGUGGAAAGUUUUCUACACUGGAUUAAACUUGGGACUGAAAUAAGGAGACGACAGAGAAAAACAGCUUUGGGGAUAAAUAUGUCCUUCCCUGUGCAGAAGUCGGCAGCCUCAGUUGUGGAGAGAACCACCAGCUUUGGUGGAGACACAUUGCCUCCCUGUGCUCGUAAAGCACACCAACAGCCCGAGCAGAGAUUGCCUCUUCAGAUUCGGUGUGGGCUGAGAUUAGCACUCACGAUGCUCCCACUGAAAUUCAGCUGCGCCCUGACAUUUGUGCAGCGAUUACUUCUAUUCCCCGAGGCUCAGAUGGAAAACGCAGUGAGAUUUCUUAUUUUUAUUCCUCCCUGCUGCCUUGCCUUGCAGACUGCCGCCCAGUCCGCAGAACCGGCUGCCAGGUGGUCCCUGCAGGGGCAGGAUCCUCCGAACAGACUGCAUUUUGAAAAUACAACAGAACAAGUAAAAGCUCCGAA